UAACAGGAGAGAGUCUGAGCCUGCUGGUUAGAGAGUCUCAGCUAUCACCCGAAAAACCCUGUUUGAUGCAGUGUGUAGAACAAAGUCCUGUCUGAACAGACGCUCGAGACCUCCACUGGAGAACCAGGUACACAAGUGUUUCUACUCUGAGUCCAGACAGAAUUCCCAUGUGGGUUGUAGAGAAGAUCCGAGUGUCCGUCGAGAGGACCAACCUGCCACUUCCCAUAACGGAAUACAGCUUCAGAAUUGGAGACAUCAUGUUUGGAGACAAGUCAUCCAUUGACAAAGCCAAGAAAGUCUUGCUGUGUCCUAACAUCAUUACCCCGGACACUAUCCCGGAGUUCUGCAUUCCCCGCAAGAUUUCAACUCCAGUGGAGGGCAAGAGUAUGGAGCAAGGGAGGCUGGCUCCAUGUAUCCGAGUGUUUCCAUGUGAGAAGGGAAGUCCAAAGAGAGAGGUCAUUGUCAAAGAGCUUCCCAAUAACCAUAUAAUCCAGGUUGAGAGUGUUGAUGAUGGACCAUUUGACAAUACCUGUAGUGAUGAGGAGACCACCAAUGCUGAUCCUCAAAGCCAGGCUGCACUUUCCCUGCCUCACUUAGCUAAAGCUCAAACCUGCUAUGGCUUUUGCACCUUGCUGGAAAGUCCCCACACUAGGAGAAAGGAGUCCCUCUUCCACAACGACCCUAACUCGAGUGGAAUCCCCUUGAUUCCUCCCCGGAGUAGAUCGAGCACUUGCUCCAAAUCUUCCCUGACAGCUUCUCCCCUCUUGCCAGCUUCAUCCUCCCAUUCUUCCUUCAGCCUGAACACUAUUACUUCCAGACUUUCUCCAAAAGGCUUCGCCCUGCACCGACAGGGAACUCUAGACAGCGAUACAACGUCCUCAGCAGAAUCCUCCCCUUUUAGUUCUCCUCUCCUAAACAGAUGCCCGCAAAAACCUUCUCUCCUGAAAGCACUUAACCAUGAGAAACUACUCAACUACCACAACCUCCGGAAGGUUGCCAUGUCCAGAAACAAUUCCCUGUCAACGGAUGAGGGUAGUUCCACAGACAACAGCCCCAGCAUCAUGAGGAGAGCAUCUGAAGUCCUUGUUGAACCUGUUCCAUGUGGGUUCAGCUUGGCACCUCCAGCUAUCUUCCCCAUGGACUUGGUUCUGCACCGGGAGAGGGUGAUGAAGGAGAAUCUGGUGCCUGUAGGAAGGGAUGGGACCUUGCGACUUUCGGCAGAGUACUGCCCUGACAACCAGAGACUGCGUGUUCGCCUCAUAAGUGCGGAAGGCCUGUACGCUCUGUCAGUGGACCCUAAGAGCAUCAACUGCAGCGUCAGCCUCUCUCUCAUGCCCGGAAAAGUCCAGAAACAGCGCAGCACUGUCAUUAGGAAGAGCCGCAAUCCCAUCUUUAAUGAGGACUUUUUCUUCGACAGCAUAUCAGAAGAAGAUCUCUACCAGAGGUCGCUUCGAUUCAAGGUUGUUAACAAGAUGUCCACCAUGAAAAGAGACUAUAUUCUGGGCAACUGUGAUCUUCCUCUUACUAGCAUUGUCACAUUAUAAAUCCAACUGAUCCAAAUUGCUUAAUUUAUUGAGUGGGAGUGUGUGCAUGCAUGUAUUUGUAUGUAUUAUGUAACGUGUUAUUUAUUGCCAAAUCUGUUUAUCUGCCAAAGACUUCUUUUUUAUUAAACAACAAAAACUA